ACGUGGCUGGAAGCACGACGCAUGUCACUGGAGAGGGAUCUAGGCUGAUGCGAGAUGAGGAGGAAGUGAACUUCGAACAAAGACACGAACACAGUCACUACUCGAUUUCCUCGGACACAACACUGGCUCAGAAUCCGCAGGAUCCAUUCCACGACGAUGAUGACGAGGAGUUCGGGCAGUGGAAAUGACAGAUACCGUCCAUGCUACAACCCCAUACCCGUUGAAUCAACGUUGGACUGCACAUAUAUGCAAUAUUUUCAUAAUGGCUUCAUACAUUAUACUACCGGAACCCUACAUUCACACGCGUCUAAUACUUGCUUCGCGAAUUUCGUAACAUUGGUUCCGUUGAUCGGGUGUUUGGUUGACCGAAUCAUAUGUAUUUGCUCAAUAACUUGGUAGUUAGUUUGUAGUCUCUUGUAGUUAGCUAACACAAAUUUGCCAACUUCGUCAUCUCCACCAUGGUCGAGUUGAAUGCAGAACAAGAAAAAGACCUCGACGAGCUUGAAGACGAUUAUCAGUCAGACAACGACGACCCUAACGUGUUCAAAGUCAGAGAUGCAUUAACGCCGCCGUCCGCGAUGAGCUACUCUGCGCAAGAUUUACACAGAUACAUACACGAAGGCUUUAUUGACCUCAACCCCAUUUAUCAACGAGACGUUGUUUGGCCAGAGACUAAGCAAAUUGGUCUCAUCGACUCUAUCUUUCGAAACUUCUACAUCCCCCCCGUGAUAUUUGCUGUGACCAAAGAUGAUGAUGGAGAGCCUAUUCGUAUUUGCGUGGAUGGGAAACAAAGGCUCACUUCCAUACAAAAGUUUCUUGACGGCUUGAUACCUCAUCGAGACGUGCGCACAAAGAAGAGCUAUUGGUUCGUUCGUUCCGCGAAGCAGAAGACUACACGCUUAGAAAUACCAGAAGAGUGGAAACGACGGUUUGCAGAAACCAGAAUUACGUGUGUCGAAUAUCAUAAUUUGACUCCCGAAAUCGAGCGCGAAAUCUUCCAGCGGGUGCAGCUUGGUGUACAAUUGACUGCUGCAGAGAAACUUCAAGCGAUUUCGUCGCCGUGGGCUGAUUGGAUCGCGGACCUCGAGCUGCGUCAUGUGAAUGUAGACAAUAAGGGACUGGCCAGUGUCCUCGAGUGGGACACUACACGUGGAAGAGACUUCCAAUGCAUUGCGCAACUAAUAUAUUGCUGUGAUGGCCUCUCAGACCGCCCGCUUCCCACAGCCCAGAAACUAGAAAAAUGGAUGAAGCGGGUGGAUAACCCACCAACAGCGUUCAUGACGCUGAUCAAUAAUGUACUGUCGGAUUUUUGGCACAUCGCAACAUCAUCUGAACUCAACGCCGCUUUCACCGAAGUUGACAAACGCGUUGCGCCUGUUGAAUUUGUAUUCGUUGGCGUCAUCCUUUUCGUUCUUCGGGAUCACACAAUUGAAGAAAGAGCGAAUGCCAUCCUACAUAUGCGUUUACGGAUACGAGAACAAUUCCGCGACGUUCGGAAUAAUGGUCUUGUGGGGAAGGCCAUGUGGAAUUACGUUGAUAGUAUCACUGGUCCUUCUGGGUUGAGAGUGUUGGACGCUCCAAUGAUGGCGAUUGCGUCCACUUCUACGGGCGCGAAGCGGAAGAGGAAAGGUUCGGAUGCCGAUGAUGACUAUCAUCCCUCGCCCAUCAGGAGUCUAGGUUCGAAGGUUAAAACGCGCUCAUCGGCAUCAGGCAGGAAAUGAUUGUCUCGUGGUGUUAUGAAUUCUACAAGAGAGAUUUGGGCUGCACAGUGGCUUACAACAAAUACUAUGGUCGUGCACAUGUCUCCCGUAUCAUAUGUACCAUACUCCCUCAGUAUCAGUCAGAGCUCUGGCG